AUGUAUUUGAUGAGUUUGCAACAAAGACCCAAUGAAACCCUAAAGCAGUACACCGAGCGAUUUCGAACCGCCACGCAAGAAGUAAGAGACCUCCCGGUUGGAUUAGCAGCAUCGGCCUUACUAAAUGGAACCACAUAUGCCCCGCUUAAAAGAUCCCUAGCAUUUUCUGAGCCAGAUUCGAUGACCGAUUUGUUUGCCCGAGCAGAACAAUUUGUCGUACAAAUGGAAAUCCUUGAAGCUUGGGAAGGAAAGAGAAAAGGGAGGCAAAACGACGUUGGAACAGACAGGGUUACGAAGAUACAAAGGAGAGAUGAGCCCUCAAAGAUGCAAUUCCGGAAUUUCACCCCCCUCACUGAGCCAAGGGCGGCUAUCCUUUCAUCCAUUGCCCACACAGGACUCAUUAACUUUCCCCCACAUACUAGCCAACCUCUGGGCAAGAACAUGGAUGCUUUUUGCAAGUUUCACGAGUCCUCGGGGCAUACUACAGAGCAGUGCCGGGAGCUACGCAACCAGAUUGAGCAACUGAUUAGAGAAGGGAAGCUUGACCGAUUUAUAUUGGAUAAGCCAAAAAAUCAACAGAACAGGGGGGACAGGUACAAGAGGGAUAAUCAGAAAAGGCCUCCCCGUCCUAACAAUGAUGCCUCAAACAGAAGAGAGAACCAACAACCUCAACAGAAAGAAGGAGGAAGAAACAAUCAGAGAGGAGAUGAAGCAGGGCCGAGCACCGAAGAUAAUGACAAUGAACCCACUAUGGAAAGGAUACACAUGAUCUCGAGAGGUGAAAAUUUAGCGGGAGAUUCCUCUUCUGCAAGAAAGGCAUACGCACGACAAGCAUUACACGUAAACUCGGUUGCGAAAAUUCAAGAAGACGAAGACCCCAUUAUUUUCACACCUGAGGACCAGGGGGAUGUACUGCUCCCCCAUGAUGAUCCUUUGGUUAUCUCUGCCGUAAUUGCUAAGCACCCCAUUGAAAGAAUACUGGUGGAUAGCGGGAGCUUUGUUAAUCUGUUGUACUGGAAUUGCUUUGAAAAGAUGUGUAUCGCCCAUGACCGAUUAAAGACAGUUGCUUCACCUCUAUACAGUUUCACAGGGGAGGCGAUGCCGGUGGUCGGAUCAGUACAGUUGCCCAUUACACUCGGGGAACACCCCCAAGUGAUCACCCGACAAGUUAACUUCAUGGUAGUCAAGACUUUUUCUCCUGCCUACAACGUGAUCCUAGGACGUUCCCUCAUUAAUGCUAUGAGAGCUUCCAUCUCCCCAGGAUAUUUGCUAAUGAAAUUCCCCACACCACAAGGGGUAGGUCAGGUGAGAGGUAAUCAGAAACAAGCCAGAGUAUGCUACGUAAGCUCUACAAGAGGCGCCAAAGGGAAGGAGAAAACAAUAACUGAAGAAACCAUAAUGAUUAGUGAGCAAACUCUUGAGGUUAACAAGCCCCAGCCAGUGGAAACGUUGAAGUUAUCCCCCUAA